UCGAUGUGAGAAAGCGAAAAGUCGCUACUCUGAGCAACGUGUUUAGAAAAAUGCAAAGCAGGUGUUGCAGCCAUAGUAGUUGCUCUGCUCCACCUUCUUUCUGCGUGGUUCAAUGGCGAUUUCAAUUCUAAAUCGCUUCCUCUUCCCAAUCCCAAAACACAAACCCUUCUCUCUUUCAUCCUUCUCUUCUUCCCCAGCAUCCGAUCAAUCAAAUUCUCUGAUCCCAACCGUCGUUUCAGUCCUCACCCACCACCGUUCAAAAUCUCGCUGGAAUUACCUCCGGUCUAUCUACCCGGACGGCUUCGACCCAACUCAGUUUUCCCAAAUUUCCCUCCAACUCAAAAACAAUCCCCAUCUUGUCCUCCGCUUCUUCCUCUGGACCCAAACCAAGUCUCUCUGCGACCACAACCUCCUUUCCUAUUCCACCACUAUUCACAUCCUCGCUCGUGGCCGCCUCAAAGGCCAAGCCCAGAUUCUGAUGAAGGAUGCUAUUCGGCUUCAUGGGUCGGAAGGUCAUGAAGGUGAAGAUUUUGAUCUGGAAUCCAAGCCAUUGAAAGUCUUCGAGUCCCUCGUGAAGACCUACACACAAUGUGGGUCUGCUCCGUUUGUGUUCGAUUUACUACUCAAAGCUUGUUUGGAGUCGAAAAAGAUUGACCCAUCAAUUCAGAUUGUGAGAAUGUUGAUGUCUCGUGGGAUUAGCCCAAGAGUGAAUACCUGCAACUGUUUGAUUCGGCAAGUUUCGCUGUGCCGAGGAGCACAUGCCGGUUACGCAAUCUACAGAGAGGUUUUUGGGUUGGAUUGUGGCAUUGGGGAGCAAAAUGUGAAAUGGGUUUCUAGAUUUAGACCAAAUGUACAAACUUUGAAUACUUUGAUGGUGGGGUUUUAUCAGGAUGGUUUGGUAGAGAACGUGAAGGAGAUUUGGGACCAAAUGAAGGAAUUGAAUUGCAACCCAGAUGGUUAUAGUUACAGCAUUUUGAUGGCCGCCUACUGUGAUGAAGGGAAAAUGGAUGAAGCGGAGGACUCAUGGAAUGAAAUGGUAGCAAAGAAAGUGGAGCCCGAUGUUGUGGCUUAUAACACCAUGAUUGGUGGGUUUUGCAGAAUUGGAGAGAUAGAGAGAGCUGAAGAAUUUUUCAGAGAAAUGGCAUUGAAUGGAAUAGAGAGCAGCACUACAACUUAUGAGCAUCUUAUCAAUGGCUAUUGCAAGAUUGGAAAUGUUGAAUCAUCUAAACUCGUUUAUGAAGAUAUGCGUAGGAAAGACUUUAGGCCCAAUGCUUCCACAAUGGAGGCAUUGGUUAGAGGGUUUUGUGAUAAGAAUAGGGUUUUAGAAGCUUUGGAGAUUUUGAAUGGUGCAAUAAGACAUUUUGAUUACUGUCCAACGGGAAAGAGUUAUGAGAUUUUGAUAACAGGGUUGUGUCAGGAGGGGAAGAUGGAAGAGGCAUUGAAGCUUCAGGCAAAGAUGGUGGGAAAAGGCUUCAAACCGAAUUCUGAGAUUUACAAUGCUUUUAUUUGUGGAUAUAUGAAACAAGGGAACAUAGAAGUGGCAGAUUUGUUGAGGAAAGAAAUGGUGGAAACUCAGAUGUGCAGGAAAGAGGGUUAGAUCAGUUUUGUGUACUGGCAGGAAUUCAACCAUAAAGUUGGUGUCAAACUUGCUGCAAGCUAAAGGAAAAAGGUACUCAAAUUAUCUUGGCUUGAUCUUCUGUCUCUGUGAAACUGCAGCAGGCCAAGAAGAAGAAGAAGAAGAAGAAGAAGAGGAGGCCUGCUUACCCUCCACCUCCCCUCUUAUGGAAGAGGUGCCAUUAGGCAAAAUAAAGCAAUAGGCUUGAAAAAUGCCGACUUUGAUCCACGUUUCGGAUAAAGGAGCUUGACCGGUAUGAAAGUAAAUACCUUUUUCCUUGUGCACAAGGAAGUAAACAAUCACCUCCUUAAAACGUGAUUGAUAAGAUUAAAAUACCAACCAUAUUAUCACAAGAAUCAUGAACCCUGUGAAAGUUCAUGCAAUAUGAAGUGAUAGCAUUAUCCAUUUUGAUUCAUGUACAUUUUGUCACCAGAUCUAUGAACUCUGUGAAACAUAGAUUACAUAUGUUUGUUGAUGGGAGAAAGAUGAACUAUUAUUUGAAAGUUGAAACAGAUUUUGAUGAAAGAAUUUUCCCAUUUAAUUAUUACAAUUGUGCUAGCUAAUUUACUUUCAUUAAUACAAGUUGAGGAACAUAUACACUUCAAACUGGAUUACAGGAAAUUAGUAAUUACAAUUUGAACAGUAUUAGUGUACAAAAUUCGUAUUUAUUCCAAAAAAAAAAAAUAGCUUUUUACAAAAUUCUUCAAAUUGGAAGACAAAAACAAA